AGUCUUCGCUUUGUAGGCGUUGAAACAGACAGAGCAGAGGGGAUCUUACCUGCACAGGUUAGAACAUUUGAGCAAGGCUCAAGUGGUUCCCACUGCAGGGGAGGAGGAAAAGAGGAAGGAGGGAGGGAAUUUGGCUCAGGUUUCAGAGUUGUACGCAAGCUUACCGUUCCUCGCUGCUAAAUCGCUGGGAGAGAUGCGGGGCUUCAGUUGCCUGUCGCCCCCUUGGAGGGCGACCCUGAUAGCCACCCAGUUGCUGGGGCUGCAUUGCUCGCUGGCCAGUUCCUUCUGGACCGCCUACAUCGACAUCAGCUACACCGAACCGGACAGCAACCAGACGGUGCGGGAGAAGACCGAGAGCGGCGUCUACGGCCAGGACUCGCCGCUAAAGAACGUUCAUGGGCUGGUGGGGAUCGCGAAGUCCGAUCUGAACUUCGGCUGCGAUGCGGGCGUCGAAUACUUCAGACCCGACCUCCAACAGCCCUGGGUGGCUCUGAUCGAGAGGGGGAACGGAUGCACUUUUUCUGAAAAAAUCUUAAACGCCGCCAAGUGGGGGGCGAGUGCUGUGGUGAUCUACAAUUAUCCAACCCAGGGCAACGAAGUGGUCCAAAUGUCCCAUCCCGGCACUGGCAAAACGAUCGCCGUAAUGAUCAGCAACAUCAAAGGCCGGGAAAUCUUGGAACUGGUGAGGCAACGGGUCUCGGUUUACAUGGUGAUUGAAGUUGGGAAGCAACAUGGACCAUGGAUGAGCCAGUACUCAAUCUUCUUCGUUUCCAUUUCCUUCUUCGUUGUCACUGCUGCCACCGUGGGCUAUUUCAUCUUCUACACCGCCAGGAGAUUGCAGCUCGCGAGGGCCCAGUUACGGAAACAGUUUCAAAAUAACGAAAAAAGAAAAGGGCCUGAAGCAAAAGUUUGGGCACCCUGCAUGAAUCAACUGAAGAAUGAAGCCAAGAAGGCCAUUAGCCAGUUGGACUUACGCACCUUAAAGCAAGGUGACCAGGAGACUGGCCCAGAUGCAGACACCUGUGCAGUGUGCAUCGAAGCUUACAAGCCCAACGACGUUGUUCGCAUCUUGACUUGCAACCAUUUCUUCCACAAAAACUGUAUUGAUCCCUGGCUUUUGGAGCACAGAACCUGCCCCAUGUGUAAAUGUGACAUCCUGAAAGCUCUUGGAAUUGAGAUUGAUGUAGAAAAAGUUGAGGAAUCUCCAGGGUUGGAACAGGUAUCAAGUGACCCCCAAAGAACUGGGCAAGAUAGAAACACUGAAGUUCCUGAGCAUGCCAUCUAUACCCUGCCUUCACCUCUCACGGCUGAGCAAUCUCCAGUGACUGAGGAGACUCACCAUUUCAGCGAAGAACAGCGUCUCUUCAAUAAUGAUGCUCGAAGGAAUGCUCUGUCUGUCUAUGUUCUGCCACAAGACAAUCCAGCCUAUGAAGAGAUUGACCUGCGCGAUGAAGUGAAGUCGUAAAUUCUUCCAAAGUAGUAAAACAAUUAAGAGCCCGUCAGCCACCAACUGAUAUGGCAGGUCCCUCCAUCCAGUGAACACUUUGUUCCAAGUGUUUCGACUGGCUCACAAUCUACUUUUUUGCUGCAUUUUUUACGCCAAUGUUUUAAAAUAAAAGUCAUUUUUGAUAGCCUAAAUAUAAUGGACAAAUUGUGAUUAGAACUGGUUUGAAUCCUCAGGAUCUCACGCAAUCAGUCUGCUUUAAUUUAUCUGAGGUCCUGUGAUUGCAUGAGUAAGGUGAGAGGCGGAGAUUAUUGGACAUUAUUCUAAACCCUUGGAUGGCGCAAGUUUAGAAAUCGACGAAACCUCGGGUUUCCAAAAUUGAAUGGGCUGCUAUAUUUUCUCCCUGGUAUCUGAUAUCUACUGUAUAACGGAAUCUAUUUUGUUACAGGCCUUUAAACCAUGCCUCAGUUCUGCUGACCACUGCACUAGAAGAAAAUGCAUACAAAAGAUUAAUUGUUCAUCCGAUUAACACAAUGCUAUUGCAAAGAACAUGUGCUGUCUAUUGGUGGCAUUGCACCCAGAUAAUUGGAUCCCUGAUAUGGAGGGUCCUUUCACUUAUCAGUCACAUAGUUAUAGUGGUGUUGCUAGUACACUUGCUUCAUAAUUACUGGUACGUUUACCAGUACAUUUUACUUUAGUGAAAAUAACAGAUAUUUUUUUGUUUUUUUUAAGCUUCUGAAAAAGUAAAAUGAUCAGUCAUAAAGGCAAGUUAUUCAACCCAUUCAGGGAUUCUGAAGCAAACCAAAUCUACAGCCCUAAAAACGCCAAUGGCCUUUAAUCAAACUUUAUGGUCAAAGAGCAUUUUUAAUGACCCUUUGCAGAAUUGGCUUCCUUUAUGCAAAUUACUGAUUUUGUUUCCAAAAGCAAACUUAAAUCCUGAAUAAAGUUACUCUAUUUUGGAGAUAAAAUGUGCUUGUGGGUACGUUAUUUGAAGAAUAUUAUCAAAAAUUUGGGAGAGGAAGAUGCGUCAGCUCCUGAUGUGGAACUGGAUUUUCUAUGUUAAUUCUGUUUUUCAAGUUCUGAACACUAUUUUUUGUUGAAAGUUGUUUUUUUUUCUGCUGCUAGUCACAUGCAUCUCCAAGAGUCCCAGGAAUAGGAGUGAUAGGGAAAAUUAUCAUCUUAUUUUAAUUUUUAAUACACUUUCUGCAACUGCCCAACUUUAUACGGUGUUCUCAGAGUUCUUGCACACACUGAAUGCUAAUAGUAUUUGGCUGAUGUGCAACUUGUGUCACAUGCCCUCACUCAACAAUGACAGGUGACUUUCAUAUUGAAAUCUAUCGAAUAUUGAAAGGCCUGGGAUCAGGGGUUCCCAGCCCGUGGUCCAUGGAACCCUUGGUUAGUGGUAAGGGCCCAUGAAAUAAAAAAGGUUGGGAACCCCUGGCCUAGAUAGAGUGGAGGUGGAGAGGGCAUUUCCUAAAGUGGGGGAGACAAGGACCAGAGGGCACGACCUCAGAACAGAAGGAUGUCCCAUUAGAACAGAGACGAAAAGGAAUUUCUUUAGCCAGAGUUGGUGAAUCUAUGGAAUCCAUUGCUAAGUAUGGCUGUGGAGGCCAAGCCAUUGGGUAUAUUUGAAGCGGAGGUUGAUAGGCUCCUGAUUAGGAAAGGUGACAAUGGUUAUGGGGUGAAUGGGCUUCAGAAGGUAAUAAAUUGUUCAUGAUGGAAUGAUAGAGUAGAUUAGAUGAACCAAAUGUCCUAAUUCUACUCCUAUGUCUUAUGGUCUUAUUCAAUGGAUAUACCUGGUGUGAUACUGCAGGUAGUUCAUUGGCUCGUUUGGUUAAUUAUUCAUACUGUCAAUACAAUACAAUGAUAUGCAGUACCAUUCCAAACCCAGUGGGGUUGCAUUGUGAAUCACCGUCUAGAGAUCCUUGAACAUAAGAGCCUAGAAACCAUAUGAAAAUGCAGUGCUUAUAACUUAUUAUUACACUUCCAAAGGUCAAAAACAGCUCCUGCUGCCUAUUACUUUGGUAGUCUGAGAUCUUGUUAGAUUAUAAUUUCCUUAGCAUUUACCACAGUUCUCUGUACUUGGUUUUCUAACACAUCUUCCCACAGAGUCAUAGAACACUACACCACAUAAACUGACCCUUCGACCCAUCUUGUCUGUGCUGAACUACUAUUCUGCCUGGUGCUAUCGACCCAUGCCCAUAACUCCCCAUACCCCUCCCAUCCAUGUACAUAUUCAAAAUUUUGCUUAAAUAUUGAAAUCGAACCCCCAUCCACUACUUCUGCUAGUGGCUCAUUCCACAGUCACACCACCCUCAUGUUCCUCUUAAAUAUUUCACCUUUCACCCUAAACCCAUGACCUCUAGUUCGUCUUGCUCAAUCUCAGUGGGAAAGCCUACUUGCAUUUACACUACCUAUACCCCUAAUACUUUUGCAUAUCUAAGUAUACAGUGGAAAGUUAUCACUGUGUAAUGUCCACCAUUCAUCUUAUUGUACAGGGAGUUAUAUUUGUCUUCCAGACAUACAGCUAAAUUUCAUUUCCAGGCAUGUGAACUGUGUAUAGAAAUCCAUUUUACUGAUAAAGAGAUCUUGUGUUGCUUUAAAUUUAAUCUUUUUAAUGUGGUACAACAACAAGUUCUAACCUUCUGGCAUUCUUCAGCCAUCACCUUCUACCUCGUGCUCCUUCCCCUCUCUCCACUUUAUUCUGGCUUCUUCCAUCUUCCUUUCACAAUCCUGAUGAAGGGUCUCCGCCCCAAACCUUGACUGUUUAUUCCUCUCCAUAGAUGCUGCCUGGCCCCAGCAUUUUGUGUGUGUCAGUCUGGCUCUCCAGUACCUGCCGAAUCUCUUAUGUUUACAAUAACUCCUCCAAGCAUCAGUUUCUUCAGAAACACAUGAAGAUUUAACAGAAACAGCUUACACCAUUAUCGCAGUUUAGUGAAUAGAAAUUAAACCUCUCCAAGAAUGUUCUGUCACUCUCAUUAAUAAUUAGGUAAAUGAAAAAGAUGCUAGGCUAUUACUUCCAUGAAAAGCAGGCAAGAUCUCCAUAUA